GGAGGGGGGGUGCAGGGCGAUAUGAAUUAGUUAUUAAAUAAAUAAAAUAGGAGGGUGUGAAUUCGUCUAAAAUCACAGCUAUCUAACCAUCCGGGCUGCAGCGCGUAUUUUCGGGCUCACAGGCCGCAACGGGGGCAGAAGAAGGAGGGAGGAAAACAGCUGCGCCGGACGGUGGGGGAUGAUGACAGUGAUGAUGCUCCCCUCUAUGCCCCGCUGAUACACAGGGACGGAAGGAACGCUGCUGCUGCUGGAGAGGAUUAUCCAGGAGGAAGGAAAACAGGGAGGAGGGAGAGACAGCAACCAGCAUCAUCCUGCAAGCACCGAAACACCGAUCAGAAAUAAAAAAUAAAUAAAAUAAAACCCAUCUAGGAUUGGACUGGAUUUCGGUGCCGAAUGUCGGAUACUGGCCUUCAGGGAAGGAAACGCAUGCAUAUCCAACAGGACAGACUUCCAGUUAUUAUGCAAUCAAAGCGAGCAGAAAGUGUCCCAGUGUAUCCGCUCUAGUGCUGGAUCUGUGUUGCGUUUUCGAGGGCAGCUGGGAUUAUAGAGGCUGCCCGCUCCUUUCGGUGAGUGAGAGUGAAAGUGGGGGGGGUAGGACCAUAUUGGACACUGAUUGUGGAGAUUGUACUCAGCGGAUAUUUAGAAGAUGUCGGGGCAGACGCUGACAGACCGCAUCGCCGCGGCGCAGUACACCCUGACGGGCUCCGAGGUCUCCAGAGUCGUGUGUAAGGCCACCACACAUGAGCAGACAGCCCCAAAGAAAAAACACCUGGAAUACCUGAUCCAGGCCACCCAGGAUUCCAACGUGAACGUCCCCCAGAUGGCCGACACGCUAAUGGAGAGGGUGGGUAACGCCAGCUGGGUGGUGGUUUUUAAAGCCCUGAUCACCACACACCACCUCAUGGUGCAUGGUAAUGAGAGAUUUCUCCAGUUCCUGGCAUCUAGGAACACGCUGUUCAACCUCAGCAACUUCCUGGACAAAACAGGCUCCCAUGGCUAUGACAUGUCCACGUUUAUCAGGCGUUACAGCCGCUAUCUCAACGAGAAGGCCUUCGCCUACAGACAGAUGUCUUUUGACUUUGGACGAGUCAAGAAAGGAGCUGAUGGAGCGAUGAGGACCAUGUCAGUAGAGAAACUGUUGAAAGGAAUGCCAAUCCUGCAGAGCCAGAUCGACUCGCUGUUAGACUUUGAGGUUCAUCCAAAAGACCUGAACAACAGAGUGAUAAACGCCUGCUUUCUCCUCCUCUUCAAAGAUCUCAUCAAGUUGUAUGCCUGCUACAAUGAUGGCAUCAUCAAUCUGCUUGAGAAAUUUUUUCAGAUGAAGAGGAGCCAGUGUAAAGACGGGCUCGAGAUCUACAAGAGAUUCCUGACACGAAUGACCCGGGUUUCCGAGUUCUUCAAAAUUGCAGAGCAAGUGGGAAUAGACAAAAACGACAUACCCGAGCUCACUCAGGCCCCAGAAAGUCUUUUGGAGUCUCUUGAGACUCAUCUCAACACCCUGGAGGGAAAGAAGCCUGAAGACAAAUCACCUACUAAGGAUGCAACAGCCAACAAUAGUACUCCUGCUGCUGCAGCAGCACCAGCCAAACCUGCUCCUCCUGCUGCAGCCGGCGGGCCGCCAGCUCGCCCUGGGCCACCAGCAAAACCUCCUCCACCCUCUGUCACUCCAACUGCGCCGGCCCCUGCUACCACCAUUACCAGCAAUGCUCUUGAUGACGGAUUCCUUUUGGAUCUCGACCCUAUGUCAUCUUCUUCAGUGGAGGGUGCUGCAGCACCGUCUUCCACUACUGGAUGGGGAGAUCUCUUGGCAGAGGCUUCCCCAGCCGCUACCAAUGGAGCGCCUCAAGCUCUUGCAGCAGAUGAAAAGUCUACUGAUGUUGCAGCCACAGCAGGCGCAGCUGCCACUGCUGCCACUGCCACCUUUGCUGCGCCUGCAGCCACUGCAGUUGCUGCGCCUGCAGCCGCUUCUGCUACCACUGCUGCUGCAGCUGCACCGGUGCGGCCCCCCACAUCGCUGCCUGUCUCUGCUACUGCUGCCACCUCAGCAGGUGACAUCGACCUUUUUGGAGAUGCGUUUGCACCUUCCCCAGGAGAUGGUCCUGCUGCCUUGGCUGCGGGCCCUGCUGCUGAUGCAUUUAGUGGAUCUGACCCCUUCGCUACCACGGAGGGUAGUGCGGGCAUUGCUCCAGAGCUGGACCUGUUCGCAAUGAGGCCUGCCGACACAGAGGCCGCCACUGCCAUCAAUCCUCCCACCUCUAGCGAGGCGCUGACCAUCAUCGCCCCCAUCGCUGCCCCCGCUGCUCCCGCCCCUUCCUCCACUACUACUACUACUACCACAACCACCACCAACACCACCACCACAGAGUCUGCAGCUGCCCCGACUCUAGAUAUCUUUGGUGAUAUGUUUGAUUCUAUGCCUGAGCAAAGCCCUACCACAGAAUCCAAAGCUGCUACCACUCCUAGCGUAGACCUUUUUGGUGCAGACCUACCUGCUGUUUCUCGCGGGCCCUCUCCGUUGCCCGAGCCGGCUUCGGUUGGAGACAUUGUGACGGAUACGUUUACAUCUCCAGCUCCAACCACCAGUCCUUCUUCUGCCCCUGCUCCUGUCCCUACUCCUGUCCCUACUCCUGUCCUUACUCCUGCACCGAAAGUCUCAUCUCCACCAAAACGGGAGCCGGAGCCAGUCAUUGACCUGUUGGACUCCUUCAGUGGCCCUGUGGAGGAGAAGCAAAGCUCUGCUCCUGAAGUGCCAGGAGAUGACCUGCUGGGAGGCCUGAUCUCCCCAACUCUUGCUCCCACUGCUGCCCCAGCCCUGGCUCCAACUUUGGCUCCAGCUCUGGUGCAGAAUGACCUCCUUGAGACUGGCUUCGAUUCUCUGGCCACGCUUCCUUCCCCAACACCAUUGGUACCUGCUGCGACUUCAGCAGUACCAAUAGUGCCAGCUACAGCAACAGAACUUGCAUCUACCACACCAGCGCCCUCUGGUGGCUUUGAUGCCUCAAUGUUUGGUGGUUUAGACGACUUGCUGAUGCCCACAGUAACGCCUCAGAGCACUGGAGGCAGCACAGCUGGAAGCACUGCAGGCAGCAUAGGAACUCCCAUCGCAGCAGGAGGCAUAUCAGCCGUCCCUCCUGCCACCACACCUCCUACAAAAACAAUUGGAGGAGAUCUGGACUCAUCACUGGCCAACCUGGUUGGAGACCUUGGAGUGAAGAAAAAGGAUCCUUUCAGUGAGAAGAAGCUGACAGGAGGUGCCAACUGGAUGCCACAGGUAGCUCCCACAAGCUGGGGUACUCCAGGAGCCCCCAUGGCCGCUGUUGCCCCUGGUGCACCAGGAGCAGCUCCACCUGCUGCGACUAUGGUGCCAACAAUGAGCACACAGCCUGGCUUUGGCAUGUUUCUGUUUCCCCCUACUGGAGGGCCAGGAGUUCCAAUUAUACAGCCCAUGAUGAGCCAGCCUAUGAUGGCACAGCCCAUGAUGAGACCUACGUUCACAGGGGUUGCUGGAGCUACACCCGGAUCGACUGCACCAGGAGCACCGCUUUCUUCAGGACCUGCAAAUCAGAGCCCCAAGAAACCCAAGGAUCCUCUGGCAGACCUCAACCUCAAGGACUUCUUGUAAACCCCAGCCAGGCAUAAAAAUAGCCUUCUCAACGUUUACCUGGUGUCUGUCAACAUCUCCAGAUGCCAGCAAUGUUCAGUUACUCUUUUUCUCCGCCUCACCCGUCCAUAACCCUACUUCUCCUGUGUGAUGUUGUAGCACAAACUGUGAAAGUGAACCAUAAUGGAUUAUAUUCAAAUAUAAAAGAAAAAAAGAUCCCAAGCUUGUGCUUAUGUCGAUGUACUAAUUUUAUUGUCUAAACAAAAUGAUGAAAAAUCCUGACAGAAAAAAAAGUUUCAGGAAGGUAUGUGAGAGGAAGUGAAGAAAUAUGUGUUUAGAUUUAUUUAUUGUGCUGAGUUGAAUGAUUGAUGUGCUUUGGUGUCCUAAGCCCCGCCCACAUUCCAUCCGUGUCUCCGCCUCCUUAUUGAGGGGGGAGGAGCUCUUCUGUGUUUCUAUGUUGAUUGGAUGAGUUCGGUAAACAAAACCCCAGUAGAUUUUUGAGAGACAUAGUAUGCGUGAUGUUUACAUGAAGGUCCUCUUUGAUGUACAUAGGUUUCUUUGGUGAGGAUAACGUCUUUAUUGUAUGUUUGAUGAAGAGAAUCUCAAAAGUGAAUCAAACAUGAAAUCAUAAGAAGUAGUGUAAGUAUCCUUCUAUUUGCCGUCCUCUUUGGAAUGAUCUGAAACGAGUAAGACCACCACUAAAAGAUUAAUAUACUGUAUAUUUAGAACAGCCUUGGUGGGCUUUUCAGUCAUAAAAACAACAAGUGGUCCUUUUUCUUUCUUUCUUUUUCCUUGUGGCCUAAUUUUCUAUGUUUUUUUUUUAUUAUUAUUUUCUUUGGUUGUAUACCAUGUACAGCAUCCAUUUUGUGUCAUUAGAAUAAUUCUCCAGACUGCUGUGGGUAUCUGCACACCUUUCUGUUAGAGAACAUAUCUUGGAACUUUAUUUACUUCCAGAAAAUAACAUUUUAUUCUUCUUAGAGGUGUGUUUGAACUUUCUUUCAGUAGAACUGUUAACAGUUGUUGACUUAGUCUCUUGUGGUCAAUCGUAGAAGUCUAUUUAGUCAUUUUUAUGAUUUCCAUGGCAAACACCAUGCUCAGAUGAGUCAGAUUAAUACAACCUGAUGUCACUCAUGAUGAUUAUCAUAAUUACGAUGACUUUAUUUCAGCUCAGCAGGAGACUCAUUAGUCUGGUACUGGCAUGGGCCGGUAUGAGAUUCUGACAGUAUGAUAACCCUGAGUUAAAAUACAACAGUGCCACUGUAUUUUCUGAAGGUUCUACCUUACGUACGUAACAUGUUGUAAAUGCUUUUAUUUGAAACAGAUAACUAUUGAUCCUACCACUGCUGAAAUAAUAUAAUGUAUUUGUUAUUGCCAUUCUAAAAUUACCAUUAACAUUUAUUAAUUGCCAUCUUGAUUUUGGUGUAUGCAUUUAAGCAAAAGUAUAGAAUGUCUACCCGUUAUUUUAGUGGCAGAUCUUGAGUCCUUAUUGCACAUAAUUGUAUCUUUUUUUAUUGUUCAUCGAUUUAUACAGUAACAGACGUAUAACAAGCUGGUUAGUAGGCCUAUAUGCCACGCAAGUCUUGCAAACAACACUAAUAAGGGUGAUAAGUGGUUCUUAGUUUUCAAACCAAGAACCAUGACUGCCCCCAAUUUUCCCAAUUGGAACUAUUACUUAGCAACAGUGUGCAGCAACAUGUUGAGGAGGGGCAGUACUUUCUUACUCUAUACAAACUGAGAAAUACCCGGUCACUCCAACGCUUUCUCCUGCCUCGUGCAGCUUUGGUAUACCCUGGGACCGGUUAUCAGCUCAGGCCUAGGUGAUUGGGCGAGAGAAUAAAGUUUAGUGACUCAUUUCACUUUAAUGAGAAAAGAGAAAGAUAAAAUUACAUCAGCAGUUUAAAGGUACACUGUAGUGUUUUUCCUCUAAGCAAAGCAAAUUCUUUUUCCACUCAGUAUUUCUGAUCAAAGGAUGCUCCAUGUGCAUUCAUGACUGCAACCAAAACACACUAAAUGUGUUUGCCUCAUCAGGAAACUUGAAAGCUGACAUUAUUUACAAGCAACAUGAAGGCUUUUUCCCUAAACAAUUCUCCUUGAAGCUACUAGCAGCCAAAACACCACACUGUACCUUUAACUUCCAGGUGUGCACACAUAGCCUGCUUCUGCAGAACCGUGAAUCACAAACACCAUAGUGCUUACUAAAGCAAAACUCACAUGUAGUGUAUCUCUGAGCCUUGUGUUUGACUCAUUUGUUAGUUGCUAACAUUUGGCUUGUUGUCAGUGGAGCCUCUGCAGCCCUGUGUGGCCAUGUUUGAAGUAAUGUAUGGAGAAAUUCAUAGUGGAACCUUCUAGCCACUUACUGAAAUGGAUUGACCCUUUCAGUAGGAUCACCUCGUUUUGAGUGUAACCAUACAUUUGGUCAUAAUUUAAUGCCAGUCUCCUCUUCUGUGCUGUAAACUACAGAAAGUGAUAAAUCUUCGUCUGUGUUCGUUCUCAGUCAAAUUUGUGGAUUGGUUGUGAGAGUCAGGGUAAACCAUGGGAGAAUAUUAACAUUUUUUCAUGACUGUAUUAUUAGAAUUGCAUUUUCUUUAGUUGUAAAUUUAUUUUAUUUACAAUGGCCCUUCCCAGUGCAUGUAAGCCCCUUAAGAUGCAAUAAAUUGGAUGAAGGAUUGAACUGCUCUUACUUUUCUCGCCCUCUACAGCAGAAUACAUAUCCACCCUGUUUUGAUUAGUGACUUGAAACAGGAACACCUGCUUUAAUAACCACAAACUCCUUGUAAUCAACACUAUGUCAUACAUUUACUAAACUGUAAAACACAGAAAUGUGUAAUCUCUUCUCAUUUUUUACAUUUUCUGUAACGAAUCCACUACUGUUAAAAGUACUUAUGACAAACCACACUAUUAGUAAUCUAAUUAUGUUUAACAAAAUGUCAAGAGAUGUAUUAUUGUUCUGUGGAAUAAAUGGAUGAAAUCCUUUGUGUCAGAGGCUACUAACAAGCUA